UUGAAUACAAAUAUAUAUAGGCCUAUUGUAACUAUUACAUUAUUGCAUUGUAUUUGCCCGAUUUACAAAAUGUUUUCACUGCGUCAGUGAACGAGCAGCCUGGACGUCCAUGCACAAUUUGAUGGUCUUAGAUCUAAUAUUAACAUAAAACGCUAAAAACUAGUAUUUUAGAAUCAAGAAAUCAGCACUGAGUAGAUCAGAGUUGCGAAUCUGCAUUUACAAAACACCAUGGCUGGACUAAUUACGCUUGUGAGUUUUGCCCUGAUUUUUGUCGCAGUCUCAGGUGAAGAAGGAGAUUGGUUAGCCCUAUUUACAAAGGAUCCAACUACAGAACGCAUUUCGCAUCCAGUUUUCAACACCACAUUUUGCAACGUUCAAGUCAAAGGAUGCGGCAGUGUUUCUAUUACAUUUGAAAGUAACAAAUCCUGGAGCUUCCUAUCCUUAUACAUCUUCAAAAUAGUUAUUGGUGGUUAUGGAAAAAAGAAAAAAAGAAAGACUGGCGUUGCGUUCUACAGUAGAGGUUCCAAAUUUCCAUGGGCCGAAGCUUAUGGGGAUUUUUUAAGCUGUACUGAAUUCCGUAACUUUUGGAUAAGCUGGACUAAUGGUCACUUAAAGCUUGGAACAGGACUGAAUGAAGAAACGGGGAAUGUGGUUCUUCGUAGUAUGCUCGAUGUACCCUUCUUUAAUUAUAUUCGUGUUGAUUCGUUAUUUGGUGGAAAAGCAGAAUGGAAACUGAAUUGUCACUCAAGUGACGCGAGCCACUUCUUAAUGGAAGCAAUUGCUCCGUGGCCACCACGCGACCGUUUAACAAUGGUUCUCCAAAAUGAAUAUGAUUACGUCAUAAUGGAUCUUAAUUCGAAUAUUAGUUACCAUCGACUAUUAAAUGUUUUUGGAGAAACAAUUGACCGUGCUUAUGGGAAACUGUUAUCUAGUAAAAAGUACAGACCACUAAAAGUCACUUGGUCUGCGACCAUGAUAAAGUUGGAGUGGAGAACUCUUCGUCGAUCAUGGCUUAACUGGUUAGGAACAAUGGUUCAAAGAACCGGUCAAAGACUUAGACUAUAUAAUGACAAGAGAAUUUAUACCGAACAUUCCAAGGGGGGUCCAAACAACAUACCAGCUGUCAGAUGUCCAAUCGGAUACUGGUACCAUCCUGAAUUUAAAUCUUGUUAUAAAUUUGUCUGUGGCAUAACAUUCUCUCACGAACAAGCUAAGACACAGUGCGCACGAUUUGGGGGCUAUCUUGCAAUUGCGAACUCAGAGAAAGAGAAUAACUUUUUUAAAUACACACUGAAGGCCGAUAAUGAGAAUGGAGAUUUCUUUUUGGGUGGACAACGAUCGCAACCAAAUGGUGGAUGGGUGUGGACCGGUCAUCCUAGUGGCCUGAAUCAACCAUUUGCUUAUUCAGACUGGAAUUCUGGACAACCUGACAAUUCAGGAAGUUGUAUCGCUGUUAGUGUUGCUGGAUGGAAUGAUGUCGAUUGCAAUGGUAGUUAUGAGUUCAUAUGUGAAGCUAAUCCAAAGGUGUAUUAA